AUGGCAGAGCCGAGUUUUGCGGUCGCUCAGGACCAGCUGAGCUGUCAAAUUUGUCUGGACCUACUCAAGGACCCGGUGACAAUUCCCUGCGGACACAGCUACUGUACAAACUGCAUUUCCGACUACUGGGGCACAGGCAAAGUGGAAGAGGGCUACAGUUGUCCUCAUUGCCGGCAGACUUUCGACUCAAUGCCGCUCCUUGGGCGCAACACUAUACUGGCUGAAAUGGUGGAGAGACUGAAGACGGCAGAAGUCCCUCAAGAUGUUCCAGAGGAACCUCCAGAUGACAACUGCUAUGCCGGACCUGGGGACGUGCCGUGUGACUUCUGCAUUGGGAAGAAACUUAAAGCUAUCAAAUCCUGCCUUGCGUGCUUGGCUUCAUACUGUGAGGCUCACAUUCUCCCCCAUUUAGAGACUCCUCGCCUGAAGAAACACAAGUUAGUGCCGGCCACUGCACACCUGGAGGAACAGCUCUGUGUUCCUCAUGACAAACUUCUGGAGGUGUUCUGCUGCACUGACAAAAAAUUAAUCUGCAUACAGUGUGCAAUGGAUGAACACAAAGGCCAUGACAUAGUACCAAUUGCAAAACAGAGAGCCGAGAGACAGCAAGAGUUUGGGAAGACUCAGGACCUGUACCAGCAGAGGAUUCAAGAGCGAGAGAAGGAGCUGCAGGAGCUAAAAGGAGCCAUGGAAACUCUCAAGCACUCUGCGCAGGCAGCAGUGGAGGAGAACGAGAGGAUGUUCAACUUGCUCAUCCACUCGAUAGAGAGAAGGCGGACAGAGAUGAAGGAGCUGAUCAGAGUCCAGGAGAGGACCGAGCUGGGUCUAGCUGAAGGUCUCCUGGAGAAGCUGGAGAACGAAAUCGGUGAGCUAAAGAAGAGGGAUGCCGAGCUGGCCGAGCUGGCGCAAACAGAGGAUCAUGUUCGCUUCCUGCAGAGUUACCAGUCUCUAUGUGCAACUCCUCCACCAGAAGACAUCCCACAAAUCCCUGUUCACCAAAGCAGACCUUUGGCAGACUUGAAGAGGACUAUCUCUUAUCUCAAAGAAACAAUAGACAGUUUUUGUACAGAGGAAUUAGUGAAAGUGUAUGGAAGUGCGACAUAUGUGCAUCUAAUCCCAGAACCACGUGCCAAAGAUGAGUACUUACAAUAUUGCGGCAAUUUUACAAUGGAUAUCAACACAGCCAACAACUGUCUCUGUCUGUCCGAGGGCUGCAAGGAGGCUUCGAACACCAUGAAGGUCCAGUCCUACCCGAACCACCCAGAAAGGUUCCUGAACCCCGCGCAGGUGCUGUGCAAAGAGGCCAUAACUGGCCGCUGCUACUGGGAGGUGGAGUGGAGCGGGGAGAGUGGAGUGGGCCUGGCCGUCUCGUACAAAAACAUCAGCAGGAAAGGGAGCGGGAGUGACUCCAAGUUCGGCUCAAGCAUUAACUCCUGGAGGUUGCGCUGUUCUCCCUCGAAGUAUAUGUUCAAGCACAGCAAUGAAAAGAUCGAGAUCCCCAUCCCCGACCCUGUACCCAGCUCCAAUAGAGUAGGAGUGUAUGUGGAUCACAGGGCAGGCGUCCUGGCCUUCUUUAGCGUCGCUGACACCAUGAGCCUCCUCCACCGAGUGCAGACACAAUUCUCUCAGCCCCUCUAUCCUGGCUUUUUGAUUCAUAUGAAUUCGAAAGUGAAGUUUUAUCAAAAAUCGUUAAACCUCCACCCCUUAUGCAGUCUUCCUAAUUGUGGUUAAUUAGUAUCUCUGGCAUGAAACUGCCAAUGCAACACCUCACUCACACCUCACUGAUGCUGUGGGCAGAUUCUUCAAGCAAAAGCUUAGGAAACGCUACAAAAACUAGUAAAGUCUCACAGGGUAGAAGCAACUAAAAUGGUUUCCUGUUCUCAAAGGCAACGAGAAGGUGUCAUUCAACAAACCCUGGUGGGUUUGGUAGAGUUCUUUACGUAUAGCUCUCUGUUGUAUGUAUGAAUCAGCGCAUGUUUUAGCUUCAACGGUAGUUGCGGUAGUUGUUUGAAGAGUGUGCAUAACUUUAAUGUGAAGACCGGUCACAAUGGUGGUGGGAAGAAUUGAAGAGUGAGAAAACAUAGAGUUAAGGGUUUAGUUAUUAUUGUGGUUUUGAUGCUACUGCUGGUAUCUGUUUAGGUGAGGGAUUGAAAUAAGG